GUCAGCGUGGUUGCGGUCAUACGUGAAUGGCGCUCUAUGGCGAGUACACAAAUUCAACAACUGAAAUUCGGUUUUGUGUCUCCUCCUGGUGCUGUCCAGAUAUAAACCGCACACCGCUGGAUUAACCAGUGUCCAAGAUGUCACCCAAAUAUACACACGCAAUCGUUGCCAGAAUCUCCAAUGCCUUGCUCGAAACGGGCGACUUUGAUGUACAAUUGGCGAAGCAACAACACGAACAAUAUUGCACUCUAUUGCGUGAAAUUGGCUUGGAUGUGAUCGAGCUGCCGCCGGAUGAUGCUCUGCCCGAAGGCGUCUUCGUUGAGAGCUGCGCCGUGGUCUGCAAUGGAGUUGCGCUUAUUGGCAGAUCGGAAAAUCCGAAACGCCGCCGCGAAGCGGAGAGCAUGGCCAUCAUUUUGAAAAAGGAGCUGGAUAUACCGGUUAUCGAAAUCGAUGAUCCUCAUGCCCAAUUGGAUGGCGGUGAUGUGCUCUUUACGGGGCGCGAGUUUUUCAUUGGCAUUUCUAGUUUCACAAACGAGGAGGGCGCCCGCGCCGUUGCCAUGGCAUAUCCCGAAUAUCCAGUGACUCCUAUAAGAGUGAAUGGUUGCAAGCGCUUAAAGUACUACGUCACUAUGGCUGGGCCGGAUGUGCUGUGUGUGAGCACAAGUGCCACCUGCCAAGAGAUUGUGAAGCGCAUGGAGCGAGAGGCGAGCUUCACCUAUCAGAAGCUCACGUUGCCCGAGGAGAGUGCGGCAAAUAUGUUGUAUAUCAAUGGCACAAUUGUGCACAGAUCACCCGCUGAGAUUCCAGAAGCCUACAAGACUUUAAAAGAGAAAAUCGACAUUCCAACACGUAACAUAAACAUUAGCGAAUUUAGCCAAUUUUCCAGUGGAUUGACAUCGGCGUGCCUUUUGCUGCGACGCUGGAAGUCCAUACGCAGCAUUUGAAUAUGCAAAUCGUUGCAUCGAUCCUACAUCCAACUAUCCAUCUAUAUAAAUCGAAUAAUGUUAUUUUGUAUCUAAAGAGAACAAAACACGCACAAGCGCUAGUUUUCAUUGUUAAUGGCGCAGCAA